GAAUUUGUACAAACAUACAUAACGAUAACUGUUUACGAUAAACGUUCGACAGUUGCAGACGUUUGUAAAUGGGAAAACUGGCACGCAUUUUCCUUUAACGUGGAACCACCCUGACGGAGCGGAGUCGCGGGGGCCGGGGCUGCGUACGUCGGCCGGGGGCGAGGGGGCGCGAGGGAGGGCCCGGCGGGUGGCGCGCGCUGGCCCCAGUGCCCCCCGGACGCAGCGGCGGCGCGACGCCUCCCCGACGCCUGCACCCGCGACAUGCGGCGUUGACCCUGUCUCCCGCCACCCGACAACCACCGCCGUAUACAUGGACAACUCUUGCCUCCUUGACCUCCUCAUCAGGUGCUUCGCUAUGACCGAGCCCGAGGACCUCAACUUCACAGCGUUCACGGACCUGUGUCGGUUGUGCUCCUUGAAGAGCGGCCCCCGGCUGCAUAUCUUCGACAAGGAGUCCGAGCAGCGUCAGAUCCUGUUCAAGCUCAGGACCUGCUUACCAACUAUGCAGAUAUCGAAGGACGACUUCCUGCCGAAAAAAAUCUGCGAGCGAUGCGUGACGCGGCUGGAGCAGCUGUACGAGUGGCGUCAGAGCUGCCUCAGCACCGACUCCGUGCUCCGGAACUAUGCGGAGUCCAUGCGGAUCGUCACUUCUACUAUCAACUUCCAAGACGGCACGGUGAACAUGGACAAAAUGACAGAAGCUCAAAAAACAGCAUACCUUGAGGCUCACGUAGCUGUACAACAGCACAUGGCGCAAGCCGCGGCAGCUGCUCGCCGCGAACAACAACAGCAGCAGCAACAACAACAACAACAGCAGCAGCAGCAGCAGCAACAGCAACAGCAGCAGCAACAACAACAACAGCAGCAGCAGCAGCAACAGCAGCAACAACAGCAGCAACAACAGCAGCAACAACACUACGCGAAUAUCAACUCGCCAAUCAAGGUGCCGCAAGUCAGUUCCAGCACUGGCGGGCCUGACAGCACUUUCACGGUGCCCGAUGACGUCGGCAUGGGCUUUGAAGGAGGCGUGAGAGUCCUGCAGAGUCUCGGCAAUUGGUCACCAGAAGUAACAAACAACAUACCAAGACCAAAUCUGAUACCGUUCACGGAACCGUACGCGGAAGGUGGAUCUAUGCACCCGGGGACUAGAUUAAAAGCGUUACAAGGUACACCAGUUAGGAAACACCCGGCUAUUAAACCUACCAGCUCUACAAACGAAGGUAGCAAAGCGUUUGAAUGCACUGUCUGCGGGAAAGGUCUUGCUCGUAAAGACAAACUAACGAUACACAUGAGAAUUCACACAGGCGAGAAACCAUACGUUUGUGAAGUGUGCAACAAGGCCUUUGCUCGUCGCGACAAAUUGGUGCUCCACAUGAACAAGUUGAAACACAUAACGCCGUCAAACAUAGCACCGUUGGGCAAACGCCAGAUCGCUAUACCACCUUUAAAACUAGAUGAUGUGAAACCUCAACUGCCAAAACAAGAGGAUACGAAGCCGAGUCAAGCGGAGAUCGCGGCGGCAGCGGCAGCGCAACAGCAGCAACAGCAACAGCAACAACAGCAUUCACACCAGCAGCCAAUUCAGGUCUGCCAGGUACCUGGACACAACUUUACGAAUACGAAUCUAGUUCAUACAAGUGCAGCAAGCGCGGCGGUGGCAGCAGCGACGGCAGGGAUGGUGGUGUCGUGGUCGUGCGAGCUCUGUGGUCGGCUGUUCGCCACGAGGGACGAGUGGAGCGCGCAUGCCAAGUCGCACUUACCAGACAACAAGCUGCUGCAGGAUAAGAUGCAACAAGCCACACAGCACCAACAGCAAGAAAAGGUCCAUUUAUCAAACCAGGAGAAACUACAACUUCUGCACCAUCACAAUCAGAAUCAGCAGAUACUCAAUGGACACAGUAUAGCCACUGCAUCCGUGUCGACCGCGACGGUCGUGAACGAGAGUGGGGGUGGAGGCGGUGGUGGCGCGUACUUCACCCACGGUCACACACACUACGCCCCGGAGCGGCAGCACACGCAUGCGCACCACCUGUGUCUCAUGUGUAGACAGGAGUUCGCAGGCAAGGCCGAGUUCAUGUUCCAUGUGAGAGGGCACUUCGAAGGUAAAGUGAGCGACAUCGCGGCCGCCGACGUGCUGGCCAGGUCCUUGGUGGACAACUCGGGCCUGUGCACCUGAGCCACGCCCGCGCCCCUCAGCGCGUUCCCAACAGAUGCCUGCGGCAAGGGCGUCUUCCAAGAUGAUACGAUCAUGUUGAAGUUCUAAAACUAUUCUUAUAUGUGACAUUACAACGAAUCACCGAUAAAUAGUGUUUCUACAAUUAAGAGGAAUAUUUGCUAUUAGGAUACGUCCGAUGAAAAAUAGUUUUAUGCUCAACAUUCAACAUUAAUAAAGAAAAUCCUAUUAGAAGUGUUUAUAAUGUUAAAACAAAUUCUAAGAGUAAUCGGUAUACGGUAAUAUUAUCUAAGGUUGAACUCGGAUAGGUAACCGCGCUGGUCGUCGAUGUGAAUUUGACUAUUUCAAUACAAAAUUUAAACGUGACAUCUUGAAAUUAUGAUAUUAAAACACAUGCUGCAAAUAAAUUUCAGUCUUACUUAAAAAUAAUACAAUAUUUUUGUAAAAUAUAAAUAAGUUAUCGGUGAUCAAAUGUAUUAAUUAAAAGUCGUUUCGGAAUGGAAAUUAACAGUAAUGCCACAUAAACUUCUUGGUUACGCACGAUGUCGUCUGACAAAAAGUAGGUACUUUAACAUUUUAUUUCUGCGUCAAAAUUUACACGGAAUCAUCAAGGAUACCUACUGUUAACAUUCAUUGUAUAGAAGUUUUAUUUUUAUAUAUUUUCUCUUAUUAUUUUAGGCUCUACCUACUUAUAUUUUUUAUCAACGCACAACAUUUAGGCCAUAAUUUAUUCAGUUUUUCGACUACCCAUAAUACUUUCGCGGUCGUAAAUUGCGCAAGUUCACAUAAUCUAAUUUUUUUAGAGACUCUUUUGGGUGUAACUAAAAUACUAUGUUAAAAUUUGCACGCCCUUUGAACCAGUAGAAAGCAUUAAAGAUUUCGUUUUCUACUACCGGAAGUUAAACUACGAUAGAGGAAACUCCUAUUUUUUUAUUGAGAAAUAACAGUGUCACUUUUCAUCUUCCAUUAUAUUAUAUCUGUUAAUAAAAAAAAUAGUUAUAUUUGGGCGUAAGAUGAUGAACUUCAUUUGUAUUGCGAAGAUACAUAAUCAUAGUGUAGGACGUACACGUAAGUAUACGAACCUAUAAGCAUUAGCUAAUGCUUACCUACCCCCAGUGCGGUAAAAUAAAAUAAUUAUCUUUUUAUUUCCAAGUCGUCAUUGGCCGGCAAUAAAAAAACAAUAUUGUUAUAAAUUCUACUAAAAUGCUUUCUUUAUCGCACUAGUAAAUAUUAAGGUCGUGAUUUUGAUAAUAAUUACGAGAUUCUUUAGUAAGAUUGCAAUAUCGCAAUAUUGGUUUCUAAGUGGUUUCAGUUUUCAAGAAGCUUCUUAGAUCUUCGCAAAAAUAAAAUUCAAGAUCCUACGCCGACCCAAUGUUAUGAUUAAUGGGUAUUUCCAAAUUACAGUAACAUUCCACGAAAACAAUACGAAUAUGAAAAUGAAUACGCUUCUACAAGGGACUUCGUUUUGUAUAACAUAUUACACUCAAAAUUAAAUAAUAUAUUAUAGAUAGUGCUUCAUUUAUUUUUAAGUAGAUAUGCUAGAUAAAUAUAAAAGUAUAAAAUCGAGUUCGGUGUAUAUAUAGAAGGAAAAAACGUUUAUUAGAAUCCAAAGUUGGUCGCUUUAUUUCCAUUAAUAUAAGAUUAUAGCUAUAAUGAAAAGGGAUGAGUGGGUACUAGUCAUUUGUAUUAUAUCUAGUCAUUAAUCUAGUCCGUAUCUAGAAUUAAAAUAAUUUAUAAUAGAUCAUGUAUUUUUAUACUUAAUUGUAACUGUCCAGUUUAUGUAAAUUACGAUAAGAUUCAAUGACGUGUUGACUAACAUACUGGGACCGUAAAUAUUUUUAUCCACAUUGAUAUUGCGACAGUUUAAUUACAAUAAACUUAAUUUGCAAUGAUCAUCUUACGGGAAAUACUAGUCAGAAUAUUCAUUUGCCACAUUUAUAACUGAACAUAAGGUAUUACUAAAGAAAAGUAUUUUUUUUUUUUUGUAAUACCUGAAGCAAUUAGUUACAAGGUUUUUAAUAAUCGUUGCAAUUUUCAAUAAGAGAUAAAAUAUGUGUAACACUGAUAAUAACAUAAUAGAUCAUAACCUGUAACAGAAAUCUGUUACACAACUAAAUAGUUCCAAUUAAAAAAAAAAUUGCUUUUCUACAACAAAUAUUUUCCUUUCCUUAAUAUUUUGGUAAUUGAGUAGGAUCAGUUAUACUCAAUCUGAGUCACUCAGCUUUUGCAAGUGGAUUACCAGACUUAAAAAUAUUAUCUUUACACCCAUAGCAACACAUCAGUGCAAACUUAUUAUUGGAGUAUUUUGUAUAAAUAUACUUACAGACAGACGGACUAAAAUCCUUAAACCUUGUUUUGCCUUCUGUUGCUCUAAUAAAAACCCAUGUUAGUUUUUCUUUGAUAACUUUAAUAUGUAAAGAUUAUGUUAUUAUCAGAGAUUAUUAAUUUAAUAACAGAUUUGAAGUCAGAAAAUCAAAUCGAUUUUUAAAUGCGAUAAAAUCAUGUAUCAUUUCAAAAUCCAAUUUGAUGUAAAAAUAUACAAAUACUUACCUAAUAGCUUAGAAUUAAUUUUGGAUGGAUAGAUUUGGUAA